AAACUAUAUUAAAUAAAUAAUCAAAUUUAAAUGGAUAUUGAACAAUAAGAUGACAAUUGGAUGCCUCUUGAAUCAAAUCCUCAAGUUAUGAAUGAAUAAGCAAUCAAACUAGGUAUGAUAUAUCAUUUAAAUUAAAAGGCAUUAAUGUAGAAAUAGCAUAAUUCCAUGAUUUAUUAGGUUUUGAAGAUUGGGCUUUUGAGAUGAUUCCAUAACCAAUUUAUGGUGUUCUAUUCAAUUUUCCUAUCAAAGAAAACACUAAUCAAUUUGUAGAUUAAGAAACAGCAUUGAUUCAAGAAAAAGGGUAAAUUAUUUAUCAUAAUUUAGAUAACAUGUAUCUCCAAACUUGUUCUAUAUGAAAUAAUUAGCUAAGAAUGCUUGUGGUACAAUAGCAAUGGUUCAUGUUGCUUUAAAUGCUGACAAUGCUAUCAUUCAUGAAGGAAGCUAUUUAGCAGAAUUUAAAAAGAGUACCUAAGGAAAGACUCCAUAAUAAAUUGGAGAAGCAUUUAAAAAAGCUAAAGAAUUAAAAGAAGUUCAUAAAGAAGCUGUUUAAUAAGGAGAGAGUGCUUGUUGUGAUGAAAUUGAUCGCCAUUUCAUAGCUUUUGUAUUGAAAGAGGGUGAUAUAUAUGAAUUAGAUGGAUGCAAAGUAUAUUAAUUAAUUAAAUUUACUAUAGUAAUUCCCAAUUAAUCAUGGUAAAUCGACACCAGAAACAUUUUUAGCUGAUGUUUCUAAAAUUAUCUAAAAGUUUUUUGAAAGAGAUCCAAAUGAAGUAUCAUUUUCAACUGUUGUGCUAGCUAAAGCUAUUUAAGAAUGAGAAUUUAUUAUAAUAAUAAAAUAUCAUUUAUCGAAC